AUGGUCGAGAUCCAGCCGGAUCAGCUUAUGGAAGGCGGUCUACCUCCUGCUAGAGCAGGAGCAGGAGGCGAUGGCCUCCUCAGACUCACAGGAGGAUCAAAAUCCAGAGGAGAAUUGUCGUUCAGAGGAGGGGACGCUCCGUCCAGAAGAACAGGGCGACCCAGAGAAAAAGCACCAUCUGGAAGAAAAGCACCAUCCGUGGGAAAGGCCGCAUAUCGGGGAGGUCAAUUCGGUCGUGCUGGAAGAAGCCAUAUGGAUUAUGGUGGGGUUGACCCAUCGAACCCUGCCGUAGGUCGUCAACUGGACCCUGCAGUCAGUCGCCGGCAAGUUACUGUUAGAGGUAGUCAACCGAGUGCAGCUAGGAGCAUUCGAUCAGUUCCUUCGACCAGAAGCAUAUCAUUGCUCGAGAGAGACCCAGGUGAAGCAGUGCUGUCCCCGCCAGCGGCUGAUGGAAUGCCACUUCGAAGACCUCGAUCUACAACAACUCAACCUGCAAGGAGUCGAUGUCAGAAAUGUGGACCUAGGUUGGGGUCACUACUAUGUCUAGGGCGGCGAUUUACUUCUCCCACUCCCAGCCCAACGCGUUCAUGUCCCUCUCCUGCUCUCGACCCUAGACGUCCAUCUAACAGUAUACCCAGUCAAUCACUUAGGAAUGCAACCAUGGCUAACCCUCCGAAGGGACCUUCCGAUAUUUCUCUAAUAACUCCUCCUCGGUUGGAGCGACCUGGAAGCAGCUUAUUUAGAGACCAAACUGCGCCUGGGGCAGGAUGUCAACGAGACAAAUCUCGCGCGGUCCAACCUUCUCAAAAAUCCUAUGAAGUACGUUCUACACCUCCCUAUGCUAGUCUGGAUGAUUCGAUUGGUGAUCAACAGAUCGUUAGAGCGCAAUCUGCCCGCAGCCUGCAAGUGGUGCCACUAUAUCAGGGCGCAACUGCACCAGGAUGUGCCGCUCGAGCAGGAACAGCCCAAGCAGGGAAAGCUCAAGUGGGUACAAUUCAAGCAGACCCAUCUCGGGGUACAGCGGCGCCUGAAAGACAAAUUAGCUCGGCCAUGGCAAAAAAACAAAAAUCCACCUCUCGGGCUGGGUUCCAAGCAGCAGCUGCACCGCAGUCGGGAGGUGCUGGACGUGCAAUCGAGGUUACACCUCCCGCAGGUGAAAUUCCAGCUAGCCGUGCAACAAGACCUGCAGAAAGAGUGCAAACCCGACCCGUACCAUAUUUGCCUCAUUUUCCGGAAGCACCUCAGGUUGGUGAGACUACGGAACCCUACAGAAGUCUGACUAUAAGAACGUCGAUAAAAGGAUCCUCCUCAUCCAAGAAGAAGAAGAGUAAGAAAUCCACUACGGCCCAGCCUCAAGCAGCGUCUAUUGAAUCGGUUAAGUCUCAAUCAUCCCUGAGAAGACAGCGACCUUCUACAGUUCGAUCCGAUGCUGCCUCCGUUCCAUUAACUAGAUCUCAACCGUCCCUGAAAAGAGAGCAGCCUUCUGUAGCUCAAUCCGAAACUGCCCGCAUUACAUCACUUAGGACACAGUCUUCCCUGAGAAGAGAGCAACCUUCUGCAGCUCAACCCGAAGCUGUCUCCAUUAUAUUAGCUAGGUCUCUGUCGUCCUUGAGAAGGGAGCGACCUUCUGCAGCUCAGUCUGAAGCUGCGUCCUUUGUAUCACCUCGGCCCUCGUCGUCUACUUCGUCCAUUGCAGCGGCUGAACCCUUAUCGUUCAACCGAAGUAAAGGAACCUCUGUAGUCCAGUCUCCAAGUGCGUCCACUGGGUGUGCUGGGUGCCCGACAUCAUCUGGCACUGCAGGCCAAUGGAGAGGUGCAGAUGAGUUACGCCAAGAUAGAUUCCAAGAUGCUGUACAAGCCGCUAAAACCUGGGCCACCUCCGACAGGGCUCCAGCUAACAGGACUCGAGGCUCAAGGACAAGUGGAGAUGGAAGCUGGAGGGAUAGUGACAGAUUCAGUCAACAAUCAAGCCCAAGUACAACCUUGCGUCGAUCUUCAAUCUCAGGUCGAGUUACACCACCUAAGAUGAUAUCAGUGACAGAGCGGAUACGACGUCAAGAAGAGAUCAUACGUGCACAACAGGCUAGCGGGUUUAGGGCGACUAUUGGGUCGCCAAACUCACCCGCAACAAGACCGGUCCAACCAUCGUCAGGGAUUUCGCCCGAUGUCGGCGCCAGUUCGCUGACUCAGCUCGAUCCAUAA